AUGGGCUCAUAUAAAAUAGAAAAUACAACAAUAAUCGUAUUUAUUUUAAUAACCAUUUUUUCAUUAUGUCAAAAUAUACUUUUCUAUGGUAUUUUUAUUGAAUUACCUGUUAUAGUUGAUCGAUUACCAGAAGGAUGGUCAUUACCAGCUACAUUUAAUUUAAUAAGUCAAACAGCAAUUAUAUCGGCAUCAAUUAUAUUCUUAUUACGUCAUUUAGCAAAAUCGAACUUAUAUGAAGAUAUAGGAAUAAUCACUACUCUAGUCAUUGGUAUAUCUGCAUUUGUUUUACUCGUUUUUACAUGGAACAAAACAACAUUAAUAUAUAAUGAAUAUCAUUCAACUUAUUUUUUAUUUUUUACAUUUAUUAUUUGUAGUUGUGAUUAUACUGGAACAUUAUUAUUUCUUCCAUAUAUUCAUCGAUAUAAAUCUAUUAUGAUUCGUGCAUAUUUCUUAGGUGAUGCUAUAUCAAGUGGAUCAUUAGCAAUACUUGGUUAUACUCAAGAUUCAGCAGUAUCAGAAUGUAUUCUAAUUAAUGAUGGUAAUCAAACAAAAUUAAUUGAAGAAGUAUCUGUAUUGAAUUAUUCUAUUGAAACAUAUUUUUCUAUUUUAUCAUGUAUAAUAUUAUUUUCAUUGAUUUCUUUUCUUAUUCUAUCGAUAAGUAAAAUUGGUCAGGAUAAAAUAAAUGAAAAUAAUGAAACUUUAGCAUUAAUUGAUACAAAUAAUCAAGAAAAUCAAAAGCGUACUCGACAAUUUCAUUUAUCAGAUAAUGCUCCUUAUCUUUUUGCUAUGUUUUGGUCUUGUUUGAUCACUUUUGGUUUUCUUCCAGCUUUACAAACAUAUGCACUCUCAUCUUAUUCACAAGAUAUUUAUCAAAAAACAAUUGUUUCCAGUGAAGUAGUCUAUGUAUUAGUUCAAAUUAUGUGUGCAGUAUAUUCUAAUAUAACAGUUGCAGCUUAUCCUCGUUUAAUUCAUAUACUUAAUAUAAUAGCUACAAUUCUCGUCGCCUGUAUACUUAUUAUUGCAAAAAUGUCUCCAUGUCCUCCUUUUGCAGAUCAUAUUUUAAUAGGAGGUUUAAUUACUGCUUUAAUCUAUCUAACUGCAAAUGGUAUAAAUCAUUUUACUUAUAUUAUAUUAAAUAUUCAUUUUCGUGAUGUAGCCGGUAAAGCAGGACUUUUCUGGGGUUGUGUUAUGGUACAAUCUGGAACAUUCCUCGGUGCUUCACUUGGUUAUAUAUUUACUGUUCAUUUUAGUUUUUUUAAAGAAAGAUUUCCAUGUGUAGAUUAUAUUUGCUGA